AUGAUACGAACUUCACCAAAUGGUGAGGAGCAGCCUCCGACUAGUCGGGAGGAUUGCAAGUCCAACGCAGAUGACAUUGUCUAUCCCACCGGUCUUAGGCUUGCCCUAUUGUUGAUGUCCAUUUUCAUUGGCAUGUUCCUAGUUUCUCUGGACCGCCUCAUUGUCUCUACCGCCAUUCCUCAAAUCACUAAUGAAUUCAGCUCAGCGGGGGAUAUUGGCUGGUAUGGCACAGCGUACUUGCUCACUAACUGUGCCUUCCAGCUGGUUUUUGGAAAGAUAUACACCGUCUUCAGCGUCAAGCCUACCUUUCUAACAUCUGUCCUUCUAUUCGAAGCUGGCUCGGCCCUCUGCGGCGCCGCCCCAACUUCGGUCGCUUUCAUACUUGGCAGGGCUAUCGCCGGCCUGGGAGGGGGCGGUAUUCUCUCCGGCGUCAUCGUCGUCAUUGUCUACGCUGUUCCGCUGCAUAAACGACCGAAGUACCAGGGCAUCUUUGGUGCCGUAUUUGCUAUCUCUUCGGUGACCGGCCCACUGGUCGGCGGUGCUUUUACUACAGAUGUCACUUGGAGAUGGUGCUUCUACAUCAACCUCCCGUUGGGAGGCAUAGUUAUGGUACUUGUGUCCAUCUUGCUCCAAGUACCUGACUGUUCAGAUAUCAAGAUGCCUUUGAAAGACAAGCUGCGGCAGCUCAACGUACUGGGCCUGGUUGCCCUCAUUCCAGGAGUUGUUUGUCUGUGUUUGGCCUUGCAAUGGGGUGGUACUACAUACGCUUGGAGUGAGGGGUGUGUUGUAGCAUUGCUUGUGCUUGCCUUGGCGCUUUUGGUUACCUUUGCCCUUAUCCAGAUUUGGAAGCCAGAAAAUGCCAUAGUGCCACCGCGCACCUUCAAGCAACGCAGUAUUGCCUCCGGCUUCUGGGUGAGCUCCUGUCUCGGUGCUCAUAUGAAUCUUUUCGUAUACUACCUGCCCAUAUGGUUUCAGGCCAUAAAAGGUAUCUCAGCCGUCGACAGCGGCAUCCACCUACUUCCCAUGCUAAUACCCGUUGUUGUGGCAUCCAUAAUCACCGGCCAAUUGGUCUCCCGCAUCGGCUAUUACACGCCCUUCAUGAUCUUCGGUGUAUGCCUCACAGCGAUCGGCACUGGCUUACUCACUACCCUCGGAAUCAACACCUCAGCGGGUAAGAGAAUCGGCUUCCAGAUCAUAUACGGGUACGGCAUCGGCUCCUGUUCCCAGGCACCUAACAUGGCCGCACAGACGGUGUUACCGCGCAGGGACGUGGCCAUCGGCGCAUCUCUCAUGUUCUUCGGCCAACAGCUCUUCGGCGCCGUUUUGACGUCGGUUGGCCAGAAUGUGCUCUUCAACCAAUUAGCACACCACCUCUCUGGCAUCCCGGGCGUCAGCCCUAAGCUAAUCCAGAAUAUUGGUGCUACUGAGUUUCUCAAUCGUGUCCCAGCUGAGGACUAUGCCGUGGCUCAGGAGGCCUAUAAUGACUCCCUGCGCAAGUGCUUUCAGGUCGGUCUCAUCAUGGCUUGUCUUUCUGUGCUGGGUGCCUUGAGCAUGGAGUGGUGCAGUGUGAAGAAGAAUCUUCCGUCUAAAGAAAGAGAUGGCCAGCAGGCUUCUGAGGAGGGCAAGUGCUAA